UUUCUAAACGAUUGGCUUGGGCAAAUGUCAUUUUGACAGUAAAUUGUCAACAAAUUAUUGUGAAAAUGGCGACUACCGGAGUUGGUUUUCGAUGGUUAGAUUUAUUAGAAAAGGAAUUCGACAAAGCAUGUGUCGAGUUAGACACCUCUUUAACAGAGUUGGAGACGGAAGAGCCGGAGGUGGUGUUUGUGUCGCGUCAAAAGAUCGCCACCCUCAGCUCCUGUUUUGCACAACUCACACACAAGGCGCUUACAAUAUUUCAAAACAGUGCCAAAAUAGAGGCUGAACUCGUCGACAUGAGGGCCGAAUUGGUGCAAGCAAGAGCCGCUUCAGCAGCAUCUGAAUGUUCAGGUGGAUGCCAGGAAAGCGGUGACGCCGCCGGGAACGUGACGGACGCGGCGCGAGCGCGCUCCGAGGCUGCACAAUUGGCGCGGGAAAACGCGGCGCUGAGGGAAACUGUGCUUGCACUACAUUCUGAACUCUUCGGAGCUAGACUGGCCACAAAGUACUUGGACAAGGAACUAGCGGGUAGGAUACAACAGUUGCAGCUACUCGGCAGGGACAUGCGCGCUGAAUUACGAGAUUCGCUCUGGGCUCAGGUGGAGGCGGAGAUCCUGGUGCAGCGGCACAAGACGCUGGUGCGCGUGUGUCGCGGCGCGGGCGCGGGGCGGGCGUGCGGGCGGCCGGGCGCGGCGCCGGGCUGGCCGGGCGGCGCCGCCUCGCAGCCCGCGCGCCCGCUCGCACGCACCGUGCGCGUCCGACGCUCGCCACACCUCGGGCUCGGCAUCUCCGUCACUGGUGGCCGGGAGCAUGGUGUGCCGAUCCUGAUCUCCGAGCUAGAGGCAGGCGGGCCCGCCGCACUGACGGGAGAGCUCUAUGUAGGGGACGCCAUACUCGCCAUCAACGACGUCGACCUCACGCAGGCGUGUCACAAAGAAGCGGUGCAGGCGUUGCAGAGUGUGAAGGGAGACUGUGCGCUCUGCGUGCAGUUCAUCGCCACCGAUGAUGACGACCGGCUGUCGGAAGAUAAUUAUAGGUUCCCCCUGUACCCGGAGGACGGCGAGGUGUUUGGCGGCGAGCAGGACGGGUCGGGCGCCACGCCCACCGCGCCGCGCACUCCCGACUAUAACAGACGCACAUCAGACGCGGGCUCUGGCAGCGAGAGCGAGUCGGAGCCGUACCGCGUGGCCCCGCCGCCCGCCAACUACCCCGACUACAACAACAUCAACAACAACCUCAACAUACUCGACAUGGACGACGACUCCAUCAAGAUCGAGGCCAGGCUUGAGGCAGUACCGAGUAAGAGCGGCGUGUGUUGGCAGUGGGGGGGCGCCGUGGGGGCGGGGGGCGCGGCGGGGGCGCGCGCGGGCCGCGGGGGGCGCGCCGUGCUGUCGUCCGCGGACUCGGCCGCGUCCACGCCGGUGCACGCGCGACCCAACGCACUCAAGAAGAAACGCAAGCCGCAGACAGAGUGCCGUAUAGAAACCUUCCUCGUGUUGGACUGGCGUACUAAGGGUGCGUAUAGACCGGUGGAGUUAGAGGCACCCUCCUCGGACGAACCUCUAACGGAAGCACCCUGCGAUAACCUGCCAGUCUCCGAUGGAGUACCAGAGUCUCCCAUAGCACCAGCCCCGCCGCAGAUAGUGCAGCCACUCAUCGACAUUGAACCCAAAGACACCAAGCCAAGCAAACCGAACGGCGACGUCAAACCCCUCAGAAGAGAAUCUAAAGGAUUUAGGAUAGGGUCCGCGCGGAGGGUGACCGAGGGCGCGCCUCUAACGAACGGUGAAGUGGAGCGAGCCAAGUUCCCGCCGCGGCUGCUGGCCGGCGACGGGGACCCCGACUUCGGGACCCCCGUGUGAACGACACGCAGCCCCCACGCAGCGCCCACGCAGACCCCACGCAGCCCCACGCUCAACACGAGACGCCCCGCUGUGAGCUGCCGCGGACCCCACGUCCCAGUGCGCUAGUUCACGACAGGGCCGUCGAUCGACGUACUUAGUAUUAUUCGAUCUCACUCUGCGUGCGUGUAAUGGCCUAUCGAAUUUAGAUAUAACAGUAUUCCCUCUUUUACGCCGAAGUGAUGUCUGAUUUUGAGUGCUUAUUUUAUUUUCCGCGUAUAUUACGACUGAGGGAGUAGUUGACGCGUAGAGAUGCGCUCGGUCGCUUUUGUGUGUCGAUAAAGAUAGUGAUCAUGAAAUUAGUUCACUAACCAACUGUUUGGAUCUCUAAUCGCGAACAUUACCAUUGAGUUUAAACAUUGCCAUUAUUAUGAGUUUGAGAGUUCAACUACUACCACUUUAGUUUGCUGGUCAAAGUUGAUUUGACUUAUUGGAAAUUGUACCCUUAUUUAUUUCAUAUUUAUAAAUUAGCUAAUAUAUAAAAUUCUAAUUUGAUGUAAAAAUGCACAAAGCUGUUAUUGCCAACGAAAUAUUGAUGGAUGAUGUGAUUAACAGCUCGUUAAUGUGUGAUCCUCACACACGUUGACAUACGCUAAACAAGAACUAAUCGGACAUUAAACACUGUCAUGUUGCCAACGAAUAUAGUCUAUGUCUAACUAAACUAAAAUGAGGUUCAGCGUGAUUUACGACAACAAACGGAAUGCGUUAGCUAAUGCUAUGUGAAACAUUUGAUUGGUGCAUGUACUACAUUUUAUAAUUCCAAAUAAAAAUUCGAAUAAAUCAUCCAUCUUCGGGUAAAUAACAGUCUCUAUGUACUAUUUGGAAGAGAAGUUUAUACAAUAAGUAUUUAGAUAAUUUUAACAAUCUCGUGUAAGGCUUGCGAGCCUGAUUUACUACAGUUUAUUUUCGUUGUUUUGUUUAUUUUUGUAUCAUUUUGUGUACAUAUAGUUUUAGAUUUAAUUUGUAUAUUUAUAUUUUGAUAUAUUUAAAAUAAAGGAAUAUGUAUAAAAGUUAGAGCAAAUUAAUUAAAUUCAAAUCAAUGCGACGACUGAAUAAUCAUCAGUAUCGGUUUGGUACAUUCCUAUUAAGCUUUUUACGUGUGUAUGUUAAUUGACAAGUGAGAAAAGAAUAAUUAAUACAUUAAAGUUAUCGCGUUUUACUCAAGUAAUGUCUUUGUAUCUGCUAUUUUACGUGGGUAUAAAAUCCGCUGCGACAUUUAAUACGUGGAACGGUCUAUGUUGAGUAUAAUUAUAAUACAUAUCAGCACGGCUCGCUGAGCGUAAAGACUAACUGACAACUGUCUAGUGAUCUGGACACAUGCCAAUAAUAUUUCCGCACAAUAAACACGCAACUGUGUGUGUGCCCACACACAGCUAGAUAAACAAUUAAAAUUAGAAUAUUUUAAAAUAAAUAUGUGUUUUACGAUAAUUAUUUACUGGUAUGGCCAUUGAACUUUAGUCAAUUUUAAAGAUUAAUGAUAGUUACGCGACUAAUUAUAUCAUCAUACUAAUUGGUUAAACGAAUCCGUUAGUAUUUGUUGUGUAGUUUGUCACGCAUGCACACGUACGGCGCCGUGUCAACGUCUCUUUACUCGUAAUGUUUUUACAAUAGAAUUAUGUAAUGGCUCAUAGAUUGAAUAGUGUCUCGCUAGACCGCAGUCAAGUCAAUGACAUGCACGUGAUCUUAUAUAUUGAUAGGUAGACAGUUUUAAUAUGGCUGCAUUUCACUCACUGUUGAGCGAAUUGCCGCGCUACUUUGUAUAUUAAUCUCUGUACAAAUAAGGACAUAUUAACGAUUGAUUAAAAUUUCGUUUAUUAUACUGUUCCGAAAGAAAACUUCUAGAAACCUUUACUUUUAUGACACUCAUGGAGCUAUAGGAUUGAUAUACUUUAUUUAUUAUUAAUUUAUUAAUGAAAUUAGCUUUUAUGUACCUAUGAACAUUCCACGCCUGCCCAUGUGUCGCAUUAUAAUAAUUUGCUGCGAUUAUAUAUAUUUUAUUUUAUAUACGAAGACAAUAUGCCUAUGUAUUAUAAACAAACGUAUUAAAUUUUAUUUAAAAGUAA